GUCGAGCUGUCCUCGGCCAGGAGCUAAAAAGCCCCAGCCAGCGCCGUCUGAUUUGCCGGCCGUAAAGAAGGAAAGAACGAAUACCUAAGCAGGAUGCUGGACUUGAUGCACGCGCUGCACCAGGCGCCGACCGCCGCGGACGCCGAGCUGAGCGGCCUUAUGCUGAGCGACGAGGAGCUGGGCGAGCUACGCCUGGAGCAGCUGGAGCAGGACGCCGGCAACGCCGUCAUGGCCAUCAUGCUGCCGGGCACGCUGUCGGAGGAGGAGCAGGAGGCCAACCAGCAGCAGGAGGAGCUGGACUCGCUCUGGAGCGCCGCGCUGGGCGAGUCCGCGGCCCAGAGCCCGCACGAGCAGGACCAGGACGACGACCUCGUGAGCGGCGAGCUGUCCGAGAGCGGGCCCGACGAGGUCAUGACCAUGAUGAUGGAGCACGCGCCUGAGGCCGCCGCGCACGCCGACGCGCUGUUCCCGUCCUCGGCCGUGGCCCCGCUGCCGCCGCUCGGUCUGCGCGGCGCGCUGGUACCGCCCCCCGGUCCGGAGAAGAAGAGGCGCGGCCGCAAGCCGUCCCCCAAGGCCAAGGAGAAGAAGCCCAAGCGCCCGCCGCCGUCCGAGGCCAAGGCCAGGCUACGCAGCUACGAGCGCCGCAGCCGCCACAAGAGAGAGCACACGAUGAUGACCAUGAAGGAGACCGUGGCAGCAAUGGAGGUCCGCAUCCGCGAGCUGUGCGAGGGCGCCAAGAGCGAGAGCCCUAUGCGCCAGAAGAUCUCGGAGCUCACCAUGGAGGCGCAGCAUCUGACCAACCACAACUACAACUUGCGCAAGGCGCUGGACGACCACCGCUUCUUCCACUCGAUGCUGCAGCUCGAGUACGACCACAGGGAGACGACGUCCGACUCGGUCGCGGAGGAGCUGUUCGACCUGCAGACGCCGCGCUCGUGGCGCCCCAUGGAGGAGGCCAUGUGCCUGCGCAUCAUGCGCGACUCGUUCCUCGAGAUCGAGGCCUUCUCCAACAGCGAGGACUUCGUCUCGAGCGGCCUGGAGAUCUGCGGCUGGCGCGAGAAGCGCAAGCUCGUGGGCAACAACGUCAACUUCAUGUUCCACAAGACGUUCGCCAAGGACUGCAGCGAGGACCUGGCGGCGCGCAGCUGGGAGAUGCGCGCGGUGCAGGACCAGGUGACGCGCUACUUCGGCCACAGCCUCGAGGUCAAGGUCGAGGUGCUGCAGCGCUUCGAGAACGACGUGGUGGUGGUGCGCCGCAAGAUCAAGCACACGAUCGACGGGUGGGUGCACCACACCAUCUACCUGCUGUUCCGGACCAAGACGCCAGACGGACACCUCGUGUGCAUCCGGGAUAUGAACCCCGAGGACGCGGACGACCUGCACCUCAUGAUGGGCGGCGCGACCACGGCGCCGUCGCAGUGCGUGAUCUGGUCCAAGGCCUUCAUCUGGUGGAAGUUCACGACGCUGCCGGAGGUGGAGGGCCAGCCGAUCCGCGGCUUCGAGGUCGAGUACGGCGGCUCCCUGGGCUCGGCCAAUUCAUCGGACGCCGCCUUCUGGAUGCGCGAGGUGCUGGUACUAGCGCUGAGGUGGGAGAACCUGGUUGUCGGGCCGCUGAUCACUCUGUAAAAGCCAGCGGUAGGAGUGGGUGGGACGGGUGGGUGCAGAUGAGGGUGACGUGAGGGCAACGAGGACUCUUCGUCGCAGACUCGCGCCAACUGUACGGUGGAGCGUGAUCUGCCGACCGACUGGUCCCAAGCCUGAACGGAUGCCGUUGCUUUUGGAGCCCGUUGCCACCCGGUAUUUUAUGAGUCUGUAGCUAGCUGUGUGUGAGACGGAGGAGGAAGGCGUUUGGUAUUAAUUAGGAGGCGUGUUGUACAUUG